AUGAAAAGUCCGAAUAACUUAGAGUUUUACCUCAGUGGUAAAUUAUAUUGCACAGAAUUAAAGGCUUACAAGUUGCAGAACUCAUUAUCGGAUGACCACCGUCCUGGUCAAUUGACACGUCGUAGCAGAAAGUUUGAAGUUAUUACUAUCUUUGGCUUCAAAUUUCAACUAAAAUACACUGGUUGCAAUUUGAGAGUAUAUGAUACUGCGCAGCUGUUGGGAAACGAUUACAUACUAGACCUUCAAAAUGGACUAGAUCUUGGUGUGGUAUCCCCGGAAGUGCUGCAGAACUUUUUUGAUCUAGAGCAAUAUCCUUUCAUUUCAGAGUUAACAGACCGUUUUCAGGGUUUUAGAGAGAGAUUGUUGGCUGAUCCUAAAUUUCUAAAUCGAUUAGCUAUUGAAGAAUCUAUAUCAAUAACAACUACUCUGUUGGCGCAGUAUGAGAAGCGUAAAGAGAAUUGUUUUGAAGAGCUUGAUUAUGUUAUUACUGACACUGUCAGGGGCAUAGUUGUGGAUUUUUUCACAGUGUGGCUUCCUGCUCCAACAAAUUCUUUCUUGUCAGUUGCUGAUAAUGUUGAUGCACCUGAGAGCAUCGGAGCAGUGAAAGAUCUCCUGGGUUCCAUCCCAGAUAAUGCUUUUCAGAAAAGUCUUGUUGGGAAGGACUGGAAUGUGAGUCACAGAGUUGCCUCUGUGCUUGUUGGUGGCCUUAAAUUGGCCGGUGUAGGAUUUAUUUCUAGCAUCGGGGCAGUGGCUUCAUCAAAUAUCUUGUAUGCAGUGCGCAGCAUUAAACCAACCUUUACUACUGUCCAAAAGAACAAACGGUCUCCAAUAUUGAAAACGGCACUUGUGUAUUCAUCAUUUCUUGGUACAUCUGCAAAUCUGCGUUAUCAGGUAACUGCAGGAUUGGUAGAGCACCGGCUUGCAGAUCAAUUUUCUGACCAAACAUUUCUUGUAAAUGUGCUAUCUUUUGUUGUUCGAAGGAUCAACUCCUAUUGGGGAACCCAGCAAUGGAUCGACCUUGCCCGGCUUACAGGAUUGCAGGCUCGGAAGAGUCAGCAAGUUUCUGAUCUUCCUCCAGAUUCUGCAAAUCCAGCUGCAGUCGGUUGCAAUACAUCAGAAGAUACCAAUACUGAUGAAAUCAACAGUCAAUAGUAGCACUUUUACUUAUCUUCUCUACUUUCUAGCAUAACUUGUAAGCCGCAGUUUUGAUUCUCCUGCUGUAUACCAUUCACUUUUUAGCUUGUCAGUAUACACAGUUGAUAAAUUUUGAUACACGUCCAGUAAAAAAUUGUUAUUCGGACACUC